AUGUUAGACAAAUAUUCCCUCUCUUUUCUUAUUCUUCUAAUCACUCUACUCCUACCCCAAUCCCUCGCCCAGCCCGCCGCCCCUGCCCCCUUUCCACCGCCGGCAAAUCCUCCCCUUCCACCACCGUCGCCGCCCCAGAAAGCGGCUUGCAAUGGCGUCUUCGUCUCCUACGUCGCCAACGGCGGCGGCAGCGCAAUCGCUCCCACCAACCCUUCCAAUCAAGCCUACAGAUUCUCCGGCGCCGUCACGGUCACCAACAACGACGUCAAAGAGCUGAAAGCGUGGCACGUCUUUGUCGGCUUCCAAUUCGACGAGGUUCUGGUGUCCGCGGACAAGGCCGUCCUAGACGACGGCACCCCGCUCCCUGCUGCUGUCGGGAAAAACGGCACCGUCUUGGCAGGCUUCCCUCAGUCCGACCUCAAGACCGCAAUUCAGACCGCUGGAGAUUCCACUCAGACGGAGGUUCAGGUCCAGCUGACCCUGGUCCAACAGAUUCUUCAUUACACGCGUCAAUGA